AUGCUUCGCGAACCGUUGUUACCUUCAACAGGCGGUCAGGAAUCUAACACGCGUGCCACGUCAGACUCCGCAGUAUCUCAUGAGUAUCGCGCGCGCGUGAACCUGACAAUACCCCGUGGCGCAGCCACCGCAAGCGGAUCCCCGCCAAACAGACGCGCGAGCGUCGACUCAGCGAAUGUGACUAUAUCGGAGGGAAGCGACCUCUGCGCGGAAGCCGAUUCGCGGAAGAGGCGGAUUAGCUUUGGGAACGAGCGGUUGGAAGCGGGAGGCGCGGGGAGGAGGGGGAGAUGGGGAAGCGGAGGGCCGGGUGGGGGGGAGGGCUUGCGGAGUCCGCGCAGCCCGGGGCUGUCGAAGCAGGAGGUCCUGGGGGCAUUUGAUGCGGCGGAGGCGGAAGGGGAGGCGGAGGCGGACUUAAGCGCGCACCUACAGACGGACUUCCAAACCGUUCUCAACACGGUAGAUAAAUCUUUUCGUUGGGGCAGGUCUGCUCUCCAUGGGCUAUGCAGUCAUGCUGGGCGGCUGGACGAGCCUUGUGAGUUCGCUCCUCCCUUUACUCCCUCCCUCCAUCUCGAGUUGACUUUUGAGUCGACUCAAAAGUCGGCUGGACGAGCCUUUUCGCUCUCGCCCUCUGCGCGACCCUCUUCUCCCACCACUGCUCGUCUGCUCUGCCGUCCUUCUAAACACAUAACCUCUCUCCCACCACCCCUUCCGCCCCCUCCUUCCACCACAGUGAUGGUGGCGGUGCUCUUUGAGUUCUGGGGAGCGCUCGGCAUGUGUCUCAUCAUAGUGAUGGUGGCAGUGCUAUUCGAUUUCUGGGGUGCGCUCGGCAUGUGUCUCAUCAUAGUGUGGCCUCCCCUUCUCUCCCACGUGUGCCCUACCCACUCACUCCCGUCUGUUCGGCAUGUGUGUGUGCGCCAGGUGAUGGUGGCAGUGCUAUUCGAGUUCUGGGGAGCGCUCGGCAUGUGUCUCAUCAUCGUGUGGCAGUCGGCACUCAUCUUCCUGCCGCCCCUCCCCACGCUCUGCCUCCCCUCCUUCGCCACCUCCGCUGCCGAUGCCUCUGCACCCUCUGCUGCUCCGCUCUGCCUCUUCCCGAGGUACUCUCUCGAGCUUUCUUUUCUCAGAGGAACCCCAGGAUGA